UCCUACUUGAUAUUCGUGGGAGUGUGUCUAGUAGACCUUGCGGUGGUCUCCAAUCUGUGUUCGAUCGCUGAAUAUAUUCAAAAUGUUAAUUGAGAUAACUUUGUUGAUCAUUGUAGUAUGUUUGGCUCUGAAAUGGGGCACGAAAACCUUUGAUUUCUUUGAGAAACAAGGGAUCAAGUACGUGAAACCAUAUCCUUUCAUAGGAACGAGUACUUGGUUGUUUAUGCGUGAGAAUAUUAUUACAAUCGCCAAGCGGUAUUAUGAUCAAUUCCCGAACGAAAAGCUAUAUGGACUCUUCAACCUACGAGAACCAUUUUACGUCAUUCGCGAUCCAAAUCUUCUCAAGCAUCUUACUAUCAAAGAAUCUGAAUACUUCCUCAACCACAUGAACUUCAUAGACUUUGAUAGUGAUGAGAUCUCCAGCAACAUGCUCAUAUUACUACGGGACGAAAAAUGGAAGCAAAUGCGGAAUGCUUUGUCCCCUGCCUUCACCAGCAGCAAAAUGCGCGUGAUGUUCGACCUGAUCUCGGAAGUUGGCCAACAAAUGCCUGACUACUUUUGCGAGCAGUACGUGAAGAACGGACUAGUUGUCCAGGAUGUCAAGGAUCUUUUUUCGCGAUUCACCAAUGACGUGAUUGCUACAUGCGCCUUCGGAAUCAAAUGUAACUCCUUCCGGGAUCCGGAUAAUGAAUUCUUCCAAGUUGGUCAGUAACUCGUUAGAUUCACAAAACCAAUGCAAAUGAUAAAAGUCUUGUUCGUCCUUUUCUUCCGUAAGUUGGCUAAGGCCAUGAAGCUUGAAAUCGUCCCUAAGAAAGCGCGGAAGCUAUUCUUUACAUUGAUAAUUGAAAAUAUGAAAAUCAGAGAAAAGGAACAUAUCUACCGACCAGACAUGAUUGAUUUAUUACUAAAGCUGAAGAAGAACGAAUUACAUCACGAAGGUGAAGAUGGGAAAGCAGAAAGUGAUACUCCAGCGAAAACCUCCUGGUCUGAGGGUGAGCUUAUUGCUCAGUGCUACAUAUUCUUCCAGGCCGGGUUUGAGACAACUUCAGGAACUUUGAGGUUCGUCGCCUAUCAACUAGCUACAAAUCCCGAUGCACAAGCAAAACUGCUCAAAGAAAUUGAUCAAACACAUGAAAAACUGGCGGGCAAACCACUAUCCUACGACAAUCUGUCUUCACUCAAGUAUCUAGAAAUGGUUAUCCUGGAAACCCUUCGUUUAUGGCCUCCGCUGUUUGUGACGGAGCGGCAAUGUGGUGAGGAAUUCCAUUAUAAGGACGAUGAUGGACUCCAGUUCAAGGUCCCUAAAGGAGCGUUCAUUUGGAUUCCAAUUCAACCUCUGCACAUGGAUGCCAAAUAUUUCCCUGAGCCUGAGAAAUUCAAACCAGAACGAUUUGAGGACAAAAACGAAAUUAACAGCACAGGCGCUUAUAUGCCAUUUGGAAUUGGUCCGAGGAGCUGCAUUGGAAACCGAUUUGCCCUUAUGGAAAUGAAAAUCGCGCUCUAUUAUUUGCUGUUGAAGUUCACUUUUGAAGUUUGUCCUGAAACCCAGAUACCAGCAAAACUGAAGAACUCCAUGGCUGGAUGGGUUCUUCAAAAGGAAAUUAAAUUGUAUUUAAAACCCAGAUCGGAGAAACUGAAGGAUGACAGUGGAAGUCAAUGAAUAUUUCGGCUUAGAAUCCCUUGGCGUAAUUUUGUUUUUAAGAAAUGCAUGACUUUACAGA